AUGGCGGGGCCGCUGGCUCUCCGCCACCUGCUUUGUCACUUGCAGCGCCGCAGUUUUCCGAUCCUUCGACAUUCAAUCUUCCUCAGAUUCUCAAACCCACUUCACAGAAAACUAACCCACCCGUUUUCGACCUUCCACAAGCCUGCUUCUAAUCCUCGACCUCUGGCCACGUUUGGAGCUGCCAAAGAGAACACCUUGAUUCUCAAGAAAGAUGAGAGGUUGGGGAAUGGAGAGCUAAACUGUGCAGAGCAAAUUUUGUGCUCGAGUACAAUUGCAGCUAUUGUGACUUCAUUAGGUGGGCCGCCAGGUGCCGUGGGGAUUGUGCGGUUAUCUGGUCCUUCGGCCAUUUCUAUUGCUGGGCAGGUUUUUCGACCCAUUUCAGGAAAAAGGAGAAAAGGCUCUAAUUGGUCGCCUAAUAGCCAUGUUGUUGAGUAUGGUGUGGUUAUAGAUUCAAACGGCAAUGUCAUUGAUGAGGUUUUAGUGGUUCCAAUGUUGGGCCCGAAAUCUUAUACUCGUGAGGAUGUAGUUGAGCUUCAGUGUCAUGGCUCUGAAGUGUGCUUGCAUCGUGUCUUAAGGGCUUGCCUAGAUGCUGGGGCGAGGCUAGCCGAGCCAGGUGAAUUCACUCUCCGUGCCUUUUUAAAUGGGCGAUUAGAUCUAUCACAAGCUGAGAACGUGGAAAAACUUAUAUCGGCCAAGUCAUUUUCAGCUGCAGAUGCUGCAUUAGCAGGAAUACAGGGAGGCUUUUCUUCUUUGGUGAAAUCAUUAAGAGCUCAGUGCAUUGAGUUACUUACAGAGAUUGAAGCUCGUUUAGAUUUUGAUGAUGAGAUGCCACCCCUCGACCUCAAACUGCUCACUGAUAAGAUUCAAAAGAUGUUGCUAGAAGUAGAUGAUGCUUUGGAAACUGCUAAUUAUGACAAGCUUUUGAAAUCUGGUGUACAGAUAGCAAUUGUUGGCCGACCAAAUGUUGGGAAAUCAAGCCUUCUUAAUGCUUGGAGCAAAAGUGAGAGAGCAAUAGUUACCAACAUUGCUGGCACAACCCGUGAUAUUGUAGAAGCUAAUAUAAGUGUUGCUGGAAUUCCUGUCACGCUUCUUGAUACGGCAGGAAUAAGGGACACUGAUGAUUUGGUCGAGAAAAUAGGUGUUGAGAGGUCUGAAGCAGUGGCCACAAGUGCUGAUGUCAUUGUCAUGACUGUAAGUGCAGCCGAGGGGUGGACAGCAGAGGAUGAGAGACUUCUCGAGAGAAUUCAAAGCAAUAAGAGUGCAUCUUCAUCAACUUCUCCAGUUGUUCUUGUGGUCAACAAAGUUGACUGUGACACAUCAUUUCGUGAAUGGAUCGUCGAUGUUUCCGGAAUGUUCCACAGGCACGUUUUUACAUGUGCUUUGACUGGUCAAGGGAUCUCGGAUUUAGAUUCAGCAAUAAUCGAGCUCGUUGGAUUGAAUAAGAUCCCUGCUGGUGGCCGCUCGUGGACUGUUAACCAGAGGCAAUGCGAGCAGCUUGUUCGGACCAAAGAAGCUUUCCAAAGGUUACAGUCGUCAAUAGAGGAAGAGAUACCUCUCGACUUUUGGACAAUCGAUCUUCGAGAAGCUGCGUUGGCUCUCGGACAAAUAAGCGGAGAGGACAUUUCGGAGGAAGUUCUCUCUAACAUAUUUGGUAAAUUUUGUAUAGGGAAAUGA